AUGAGAGCGAACGAUGAGGCACCAUCGAAUUUGGAGCCGACCAGCACGGAUAAAGCGGACAAGAAUGAAGAACAGCAACCCGAGGAUGAAUCUCUAGACUCUAAUGCGAGACCAAACCCAGACGCUGCUAUAUCGGACACAAAAGUAAUCCAAGAGAAAGUUCAACUUGGUUUGGAACUUCCACCGACGUUGCACGAGCGAUUUAUGAGAAUCAAGGAAAUAGUGAAAUGUGCCAUAGCUGCGCAUCACACGUUUAUGAUUUACGGUAGGACUCGAGUGAUUCGCGAAUCCCUGUUAAAGCGAGGAUGGUGCGAAAAAUUCUUCAGGAAAAAUACUAAUGGCGAACAUCAUUUCAACGUGGAUGCAAGUCCCGUGAUAUUGUUAGCUGGUAUCGGAGAUUUGAAGGAUCAACAAGGUGAACGGCAACUGAUCUCCAGGAUGCUCACUAAUCACACGGUGGAUUUCCUCUGGAACACCGGAUCAGAAUGGCCCGGCUGGCCAGCACAGGAGAACAAAACAACGAUUUUUAACAGAUACUGCCGUGCAGGAUUCACCUCGAAGGUGGGCUUAUGUUCGAACGUCAGACAAAUGCACUGGUAUUACGAGGCUGGAGUGGCAAAUACCCUUUUUCCACGUUGCUAUAAUUUAUGUCAAGGCGAUCAGAUGCACGCUUUCAUAGAAGAUUUUCGAUUCACGGCAUGUUUGAGUCUUUUAAAAUGGCUAGUUGACAAGAUCAACAACGAAGGUGAAAAUGCAGUUAGAUCACCGACUGGCACGGUGCCUUUGAAGGCGCUAGAGUUCGCAAUUAAACGAGGCAGCGAUUAUAUCAGUGCACAAUCGCACGAGGAUAUCGAUCAAGAGGUCGAAAGGGUUUGGGCGCAUCAAUGGGAUCAGUUUAUUAAUUGGUACUACCAGAUCAUUCACGGUCAAGCCCUUUUCGUUCGAAACAAUGUACCAUUUCAAAAAUUCUUCUUGGCGUCGAAGCAUAUUUUGAAAAAGAUCAAGAAGUACUGGCCACAAAUUGACAUGGACGGCGUGAUGAAUGUGUGGAUUAUGAAACCAGGAAAUAAAAGUCGUGGUCGAGGAAUCGUUCUCUUAAACAAAUUGGAAGACGUCAUGGCGAAGAUGAAUCCGUCGAAUAAAUCCGACACUCGUUAUGUCAUACAGAAAUACAUCGAACGUCCAUUGCUGAUACAUAAUACCAAAUUUGACAUUAGACAGUGGUUUAUUAUUACCUGUGCCCAGCCGCUAACUCUUUGGAUAUACAAAGAAAGUUAUCUCCGAUUUUGCUCCCAGAAAUUCAGUCUGACAGACUUUCACGAGUCUAUUCAUCUGUGCAAUCACGCGAUCCAGUGCAAGUACACGAAUUGUGGCGAUAGAAAUGCUGCGUUGCCUUCAGAUAACAUGUGGGAUGCCACGACCUUCAAAGAGUUUCUCAAAUCUCAAGGGCACGACAAAGCGUGGGACGAUAUAAUUUAUCCUGGGAUGAAGCAAGGUUUGGUCGGUUCUUUGUUAGCUAGCCAGGAAGCCAUGGAUCGACGAAAAAAUAGUUUCGAACUGUACGGCGCUGACUUUAUGGUUAUGGAUGAUUUUUCUGUCUGGUUGAUCGAGAUCAAUAGCCAUCCCGAUAUGAGCUAUUCGAGUAAAGUUACGACGCGCCUGUGCAGGCAAGUUCUCGAGGACACCAUAAAAGUAAUCGUAGAUUACCGGGAAGACAAGAACGCGGAUACAGGACACUUCGAACUCGCUUACAAGCAAAGAAUGCCCAGCUGUCAACCAUAUUUAGGUGCAGCCCUGUCUCUUCAAGGAACCAGGAUAACCACUUGUGGAAAGAAACCCGCUUUGAACAAUCAAGACUCAAAAGUUAGCCUCGUUUCCAAGUCCCCAAUGACCUGCUUAACGAAGAAAAAAUCUACUGUGCAUAAUCAGAUUGGUCCAGUGAUCGUUGAUUUGAUCGAGGAAUUAGAAAUACAGCUCGAUCAGGAAUUUUAUGCUUAUUACAAAGUAGAUUCGCCUAAACUGAGGCAAGCACUGCCAUCGACUGCACCAGCUAAACCCUUAAUAACUGCUGUGCUGAUCGAUAAACAGGAAUCUACUGUAAAAAGUGCACCUCUGCUUGGUCAGAUUGAUAAUGUUAAAGCAAAAUCUCCUACAUCGACUCACAGAAAGAAUCAUAAGGAAGAAAUUGGAAAUAUUUAGAAACAUUUAGCACGUUCGCCGAGAAAAUCGCAUACUUUCGCUGGGACAGUUAGCAGCAAAACGGAAUCAUCUCCAGUCAGGCAAUCUUUGGUUUCUAAAAUUAUGGCCUUUCAGAAACAGUCUACGAAGCUGGCUCCAAAAGUUGAAAAACCUUCGAGACAAAACAACGACAAGAUUAUGAAGACAGCGGUACGGGAUGCCAUUAAAAAGUAUAAAACUAACACUGCUCUCGCGGCUGUUCCUUCGGAAACACCUACAUUGCCGGCUCUCCUGCCAACAACGAACAAAGUUGGCCGAGCAGUCAUGGUAAAAACUAAAAAUCGUAAUGUCCCGAAAAAAUAUCCCCGACAGAAAAAGAACAAGGUUUUGUCAGACAUCACGGAUAUAGAUCCUACGAUUUCACGAAUAUCGUACAGAAUGACGAAGAACAAACGUUUAUUAAAAUCUAUAAAAGAAGUAAUCCGUGAAAUGAGCGAGCAAGAAGAUACGCUUCAAUUGGUCUUGGACUCGGUCCAAAGUAUCAAGCCACAAAACAAAAUUGCGAAGAUCGAUCUGACGAAAAUAGGAGAACAUGAAGUGCAAGUCCAGGAGCCAAAAAAGAUUACCAACAAUUGUGCACCUAAGGCCGAAAUACAAAGGCCAAUCUUUAAAAAGCCCGAAAUUGAAAAGCUGUUGGACGAAUCUAUGAGUAAAGCCACGCAGAAGUAUAAAACAUGCAGGAAUACGUGGGACAGUAUAAAGAAGGAGCAAUUCAUGGAAGCUUAA